CUGUUUGGCUUCGCUGAGUUUAGUUCUGGAAACCAGGUACUAGGCUGCCUGAGCCCCCUCUGAAACAUCUCUGUCUGACGGGUCUCAUCUGAUGGGUCCCCUUCCGGAAGGGAUCCGCCUCCCUCAAGGAGCAGAUGCUUGGGUGGAUGAACGGAUAGGGUCGUGACCGGGCCAGCUCCAAGCAAAUGCACGAGAAAGCAGCUUCGCUGAAGAGUUCCACACCUAGCCAGGAGAAACCCGAAGCCUCCCCCAAGGAAAGGAACUUGGAGACUCUGGAUGAGAGAACAUUGUUUGAUGCUGGUGCGGGAGGCGAUCAGUCCACCGACUGGAUGAUGGCCUUUGCAGAGCUCCACCGAUCCCCCGCUCCCUCACCACCAUUUCCACGCGGGCAAGAACUGGAACCUGUGAAUCAGCCAGAGAUCUCAAAGGAUGAAGAAAAGAAGUGCAACAGAGAAGGGAUCCCAAAUAAAUAUAACAAUCAGUAUCACAAGCUGUUCAAGGAUGUCCCCUUAGAUGAAACCGUUUUGAAAGUGUGCUCCUGUGCGCUUCAGAAAGAUAUCCUCAUUCAAGGGCGGCUCUACAUCUCCUCCAAUUGGCUCUGCUUCCAUGCCAACCUCUUUGGGAAAGACAUAAAGGUUGUUAUCCCAGUGAUUUCUGUCCAGAUGAUAAAGAAGCACAAGAUGGCUCGACUCCUUCCCAACGGGUUGGCCAUCACCACCAACACAAGCCGGAAGUACAUCUUCGUGUCACUGAUUUCCCGGGACAGCGUGUACGAUACGCUGAGGAGAGUCUGCACGCACCUCCAGGCUUCCAGUAAGAAGAGUUUGAGUGUAAAAGAAUAUCCAGAUGAACCUGACUCCGAGUCCCUGGAGGCCUUGGUUCCAGAAGUGAAGUGGAGGAAGGUGUCCCCAACAUCCCUGUCACUGUCCCUGCCGGAGGGGGACUUCCCGUGCAUCCACCGGACCUCCGCCAGCAGCCUCAGCACUAAGGAGAGCUCUUUCCGUUCACAGGAGCCUCUGGGGUCAGAGAGUACUAUAAACACGGAAGAGGAACUGGAGGUGGAAACAGGCUGCAUCGCUGAACUGAGGCCCCUGGAUUACUAUCUCCUCAAACUCUUCUUUGUGCUAAUCUGCCUUCUGGUCGUGUCCUCAUCCUACCUGGCAUUCCGAAUAUUCCGCCUGGAGCAGCAGCUCUGCUCCCUGAAUAGGGAUUACCUCUCUCACGAGCACAGGAUGGGCCUGCCUGCUGGUCACCUGGUGAUGCUCCAAACUUUGACCUGGAAGUCACCCACCACUCAGCCCCAUCCCAGCUCCAAGCACCUUGGGUCAAGAGGAGUCUCAGGCCAGGGGCCUGCGGGUUUUGGGAUGGCUUGGUGAUGGUUGGGUUGGGACAGAAAUGGCCAUCCUGUGUGACUUGAGCCUCCGAAACCGCUGUGCAGUGCUUGUCAUCACAAAGAGGGCUCGGGAGCACUCAGUCCCAGCAUCCUGGCUGCUGGGAUGGAGCUGGCUCAGGGGCCCCGGUGCUGGGCCGUCACGGUGGCUUGUAAACCAGUAUUUAUACGGGCCCAUUCUGGGUUGGCCAGGGUUCUUUGGAUCCCCCACAAAAUUUGUACAACUAGCUCUCCUAUCGUCCCAGGGUGAUGCCCGGCAUAGCUCACACUGGCGGUAAUAGGCUGUGAAAAUAUUUUAAAUAAAGAAAGAUAUUUUCUAGA